CUUUGAAAAAUAAAAAUAUUUUAGAUUUUUUUAUAUCGAUUUCUAGUUUGACACAUCAAUAAUAGUGAUCUAUAUUGAUUUUUAUUUAUAAUUUGCAGAAAAAAUUCGUAUUGAAGUUUUUUGACUGGUGUUGCAACUAUUUCGAAGUGAUUGACCAAUCAGGACAGAAGAGUCUCUCUCAAAUUGGUCUUUGUACCUGUCUCAAUUUAUUUUCUUUAAUUUAUAUAAAUUGUUUGGAAACAUGUCUGAUGAUUUAUUAACUAAGGAAAAAGAGUUUCGCAGAUUGAAUCGCGAGCUUCAACAGAAGACUCAUGAUAUGAUAAAGGAGGUUGAUUCUGUCAUACAUGCUCGCGAUAGUUUGUUUAGCAAUGCGAAAUCGUACUUAAAUUUCAUAACGAAAGAUGUAAAAACAAUACAUUCAGAAAACGAAACAUUAAAGACAGAUAAACAAUCAAGAACAUUAAAUGAAAUUGUUGAAAUUCCAUCAGAAAACCUCAAAAACAUUGAGAUUUCACUAAAGACGAAUAAUAGUGUGAAAAAUAAUGCUAUUACUGAUUCUGAUACAAUAUCAAACUAUCAAUCAUUGAGCAGUGUGGGAAAUAAUGCUAUUGCUACGUUGUUUAAAGGCAAGAUAGAUAUGCUGUAUAAAGAGCUACAAGCGAUGCAACUUGAGUAUAACAAAAAGUGUGAUUAUUCCAAAGAAUUAGAAGCACAAAAAAAGAAACUUGAUGAUAUCCAAGUUAGAUUGCAUAAUCAGAUAGGAACAUUAAAUGAUACAAUCGCAAAGUUAGAAAAUAGAAACUCUGAUACAAUAUCAAAUUGUCAAGUUUUGAGCAAUGAAAAUGUUGCCUUAAAAAAGGACGUAGAAAAUCUUAGAAAGCAGAUAAAUAUAUUAAGUCAGGAAUCGACCAAUUAUGAUGUAAGAUUAAAUAGGUCUCUAGAAAAUAAUGAGAAACUUAAGAAUGCAUUAAAAUGUAGUCAGAUAGAAGAAAAGGAAUUAAGGAAUUCAAUUAGAAAAAUACAAGAAGAUAAAAGAAUAGCCAUAAAAAGCUUGGAAAAACAGCGAAAUGAAUUAGUACAAGCAUUUAAGAAGCAAAUAUUACUCAUAGAUAAUCUGAAGAAACAAAAUAUGUAUUUAAUGUCAAAUGGGCAAAUUCGCUUAACAGAAGAAGACUUUGCAAAAUUAUUGGAGUGGAAACCUUAGCAACUCUGAUAUAAAACAUUUAUUGAAAGACUGCUAUGAUUUAUCUUUUGUAAAAGAGAGAUAAAAUUAAUUUAUUUUUUGUAGCCAUUGUUUUGUAGUGUGCAUUUUUUCAGAGUGCUUGUGUGUUCAAAUAUUCAAGAUUCAAUAUUUGAGAUAUUUCGUACUUUUUAAUAAAUAUUUAUAUUUGUGAUUUGUAAGAUAUUGUUAUUUAGUGCUCAUUUUUACGAAUAUUUAUUUUUGUUUCACUUUGCAAUCACACCAAUUUAUUAUUAUACAAAAUAAAAAAGUAUAUAUCUGAAAAAAGCAUAUAAAAAAACUUUGUAGAAUUUAAAAUAUUGCUGCAAAAAAAAAAAAGAAAUUCAAAUUGACAAUCGAGCUAUGA